CGGUAAGCGCAGGUGGCACGUGACCCUGGGGCCUCUCCGCCGCGCGCGGUCAAGGGACUAAUGUUUGAACGGAAAGCUUCAAAACUUUUUUAAAAAACCUUCAGAAUGGCUUUGAACCCGACAAGCUAGACAUCGCUUCAGAGCACCGCCUUCAGCAUGCAUCUGCCCUGUCAGGUUUCUCUGGCAAAGGGGUCGUUCUUUGAAGGGGUCGUUCUGCAGAGGGCCAGGGAAACGAUGCUCAUGGAACCAGAUUGGUGGAUUUGACUUUCUGGUAGAAUUCUCUUGCUUUAUUGAUUUUUUCCCAGAGCUCUGAGAGGCUGGAGGUAUUGAUGGGACCGAAGGGCCUGGGAGGAAGAGAAGCAGCACUUUCGUGCUGAAUGAAAACUAGACAAGUGACUGCUGGAGACUGAAAACACCUAAACGUCCCACAUCCGGAUUCAGCGCAGGAACUGUCACUGCUGGGCAGAAAGAAGCCAGACUGGAAAAGAAAACCCAAAUAAAGAGAAUGAGGGCCACCGAAGAGUAAAUGGCCACCUCCACCUCCUCGACAGAGACCAAGUCAGCCUCCUGGUGGAAUUAUUUUUUCCUUUAUGAUGGUUCCAAGGUGAAGGGAGAAGGAGAUCCAACCAGAGCUGGCAUCUGUUACUUUUUUCCCCCUCAGACCCUGCUUGACCAACAGGAGCUGCUCUGUGGACAGAUCGCCGGGGUUGUCCACUGCAUUUCUGACAUCUCCGGCUCUCCUCCCACCGUCAUCCGUCUGCGGAAACUUAAGUUCGCCGUAAAGGUCGAGGGCGAUUACCUUUGGGUGCUGGGCUGUGCUGUUGAGCUCCCUGAUGUCAGCUGCAAGCAGCUUCUGGAUCAGCUCAUCGGCUUCUUUAAUUUUUACAAUGGGCCUGUUUCUCUGGCCUACAAGAGCUGCUCUCAGGAAGAAUUGAGCGGGGAGUGGGACACCUUCAUUGACCAGAUCCUGAGAAACACCGGUGACCUGCAUAAGAUAUUCAACUCCCUCUGGAACCUGGACCAAACGAAGGUGGAGCCCCUGCUGUUGCUGAAGGCGGCCCUCAUUCUGCAGACCUGCCAGCGCUCGCCCCAUGUUCUAGCCGGCUGCAUCCUCUAUAAGGGACUGAUCGUUAGCACCCAGCUCCCACCCUCUGUCACAGCCAAGGUCCUGCUUCAUCGAGCUGCACGUCGGGACCAGAGAAAACCUAUAGGAGGGGAUGCCCUGCAGGAACAUGGAGCAGCACUCCCUCCAAACGUCCAGAUUGUGCCUGUUUUCCUGACCGAAGAGGAAGCCGUCAGUCUCCGUGAGUUCCCCCGGGAGCCCACGACCAGCACUCUAGCAUCUCCAGCCAGACACCCGGAGCCCCCAGCCCAGCGCCCUCCAAAGGGUUUGAACACAUCUGCCCUGAAAGAAAACGCCCCCAGACACGUGGAAUCCACGGCUCGGAUCUCAGCGACCACCCUUGAGCCCACGUCUCCUGACGUCACCUGGCCAAAUAGCAGCAGGGAGAACGGACACUGGUCUGGCUGUGAUCUGAAGAGCAUUAAGCCCCCAACACCGCACCACACCACCAGGGGCCAGGGGCCUGGGCUCGGCCUCUCCCUGGUGAAGGAAACCGGUUUGUCCAGGGGGGAAGAGGAACUGGACUUGUCUGAGAUCCACGUUCCAGAAGCUCGGGACACGGGAGCAUCCUUGGGUAAUUCUGCCUCCGAUGGCGGGCCUCCUGGCUGCAGGGCAUCUGUCACUGACUCUGGCAACCCUGGAAGCAAGCCACCCGAGGCCCUGCCUGUGGGCACAGCGGUGGGCGGCCCCCUCCCUCCCUCCACUGCUGAGAUGCUCACCCAGAAUGGAGCCCUAGAACAGCCCAGAGACCUUCCUGGCAACAGCAGCCAAGCCCCCGUCCCCAGGGACCACCUCCUCAGCCCGACGAGCGGGCCGUUGCCGUCGCCUUGCUUGGAUUCAAGGCAGACGGGGACUGAGCUGCCCGUGGGGGAACAAGGCGAGGGGCGGCACGGCGAUGGGGUUCCUGAGGGCCGCUCAGCCUCCGGCCCGGAACGCGCCUCGGGCUCGGCAGACCCCCCAGGCGACGGCCCCUCGGCAGACAGAACCGGAUCCAGGGCGACCCCCGUGUCCCACGCGCGGCUCGUGCGGAUGAACCUCUACACUCACAGCGUCCGAGGCCUGGUGCUGUUGCUGCUGGCCGAGGAGCCGCUGCUGGGAGAUGGCGCGGCCGUGGAGGACGUGUACCACAGCAGCCUGGCGUCCCUCAAUGGGCUGGAGGUGCACCUGAACGAGACGCUGCCCCGGGACCAGGCGGCCCCCGCGGCCAGAGCCUAUGGCUUCGCACACUACGACCGCGUCCAGAACGUGCUGGCGGCCAACCUGCCACAGGUGGCCACAGCCCAGGACCGCCGCUUCCUCCAGGCCGUCAGCCUGAUGCAUUCCGACUUCGCCCGGCUGCCCGCGCUGUACGAAGUGAUCGUCAGGAAUGCCUCCACGGCCGUGUACGCCUGCUGCAGCCCCGUCCAGGAAACCUAUUUCCAGCAGCUGGCGUCGGCGGGGCGGAGCUCUGGCUUCCCGAGUCCGCAGGACAGCGCCUUCAGCCUCCCGGGCAAAGCCAAGCAGAAGCUGCUGAAGCACGGGGUGAACUUACUUUGAACCGUGGGUUCAUGACCCCAGCAGAUGACUCUCACAUCGAAUCCCAGCAAAGGAAGCUCUGCCUUGUUAAAUGCAAAAGUCCCUCUAUUUUGUUUUCCUUGGAAUAGUCCCUUGUUUUUAGGAAUGUAAUGAUAUUUGAGGGUUUGUUGCCCCUUCUUCAGAUUGGCGUUGCAGGAGAUAGCUCUCCGGGUCAGCAGAUCUAGAGCACGUGGUAAAGAACCUGAUGGUGUGGGCAGCACUCCGGCCAGACUGGGCGCCUUGGCUCCUUACACCCAAGGGGCCCAGGGCCAGUGAGUCCCCCUGUCACACUGAGCCCCGGGCACCUAACAUUUCUUGCUGCUGUUCCACCCAGCCUUAACUAGGACCACAAAAACCCAGGUUGGCAUUUUUUCUAGAACCGGGUUGGCCCUGUCUAGAGUACUUGUCCAGCCCUGUCUCCAGGGGGCCGGUCUGAGGUGUGAGUGCCCAGCCAGGAGGCGGACUUGUCAGCAGGCAGACCGGAGCUCCCACUUCUCAGGUUACCUUCAGAGCAGUCCUUCUGGGAGGGCGGGACGCCUCGUGCAGUGAAGCAGUCAGGGAUGCUGAAACCACCUUGUUUGGAUCUUCUGGAACUAUAUUCAAAACGAGGAGCCUGUUCUUUGGCUUUACCCGCAGUGGGGGCAGAUCUCAAUGACGUGGAAGGGAGUCUGGGGUGCCGGGACCGAGAGCUGGGUGACGACGGGCCAGGCUGGGCCCCUUGGUUGGAAGUGGGCUGGUUCCUCCCAAGUGAGUGUCCGAAACGGGAGUUUCUAAAAGGUUUUGGUGCAAAAGCAGAACUGCGCUUUUCAGCGGUGGCUGCGUGAAAGGGAACAGCAUUCGUUGGUGUGUUUCUGGGCUGGAGUAGUACUAGAACAUCAGUUCUGUUACGUUAUAGUCUGACAUUUUAUGAUGAUAUGAUGCAGGUCACAGGAUGAAAAUAUUUCACAAAAUCCUAACCAGAUGUUUACUGGAAGUACCUGAGAUUCCAUCUGAAAAUUGUGAUGUUAAUAACUUCAUGUCAGUAAACCAUUAGCUCAUGUUUCUGACAUGGUGUCUUUUUCUUGAAGCAAGUUUCUAAGGGGCUAAAAAUAAAAUAGCCAGAAACACUAAUGAGCUCUGAGUAACAGGAACAUCUCUAGUGACAAAGUAAAGAUGAAGGUAUGUAUGUAUAUACGUACAUAUGCGUAUAUCUCAGGUGGGCACAUUUCUCUUUGCCCUGCCUGAUCCAGCCUGGCCAGGUGAGGAAGAGCGCAUGUCACAACGGUCCGUGCGAGGGUGGCGGGCUGUUCCAGGGAGCACCAGCUUCAGCGUGGCUGGACCGCACACCAGACCCAUGUCACCCUUUCUGUCACCUCUGGGGUCCCUCCUGCCACUGGCUGGCCUAAGAGGUGAGCUUCCCAGAUGGAGGAGGACCACACCUCAAGCUAGGAGAAAUGUACAGUGUUCUACUUCUCUGCCUGAUUCUCCAAGGAAAAGUCCCUUACAAAUCCCGGGGCCAAGCUCUCAAGGAACAUUCCCAUGACUGGCUUACACAGAACAUGUUCCCUUUCUGUCCUGGGGUAUUUUCAAGCAUCCACACUUUGUUCCUCUUGCCACUGAUGCUCCAGAACUGUGAGAUCUCCAAGUCCUGAGUUUGGUGAAAUUCUGACCUGUUAUGUGUUGACACAGGGACAGAACUUGGAGCCCCUGAGCCCAUUGUCAUCUGCCCCCCGG